AUGGUUCAGCUCACCCCGUCCACCGCGAUGCUGCUGGUAACUUUGACGGCUAUGAGUGCCUCAAUCGGUGUCUCUGCAGCAACAGUGACCAAUAGCCUAUUGCUAUCUUCAAUCUCCAGCCAGCUAUCAGUCCCAGCAUCGACAUGGUCCGCCAACGGCACGCACACUGCGAAGGGAUUCACCAGCAAGUCAGCCGACACAGCUAGUAUCAACGGCCUGAAGCAAGAUUGCGAUAACAUCAAUCUGAACAAGAAGCUCGCUACCGAUUUCCGCAAUGAUGUCCUUGGUGCUGGUGUCAUUGGGUUCUUUUAUAAGUGCGAGAAGAUCAGUGAUGAUACCAAUAAGUACUGGUUUACUAUCAGUGCCGGGGACAAAGCUCAGAUUGAUCAGCUUUGUGAUCCGGAUACAAAGUAUCCCAUUGUUUAUGAUCAGCAGCAUGAUACUUGGUUUAUUGAUGAGCCUUUUGAUUGUACUCGUCGGACCAACCCGACGGACUUUUUCUAG